CAGAAUACAUGGCGACUGGCUGAGCAGUGCAAAAUCAUUGAACUUGGUAAAUUUGAAACAUCGAACCCCCUUAAUUUGUGUACACAUUUUCAGCAGAGAAGAAUUUCGUUUAUAAAAAUGAUUAUUACAUUGAAAAACUUGCAACAACAGACAUUUCAAGUUGAAAUAGACGCCAGUGAAACGGUGAAACAUUUAAAAGAAAAAAUAGAAGAAGAAAAAGGGAAAGAGUAUCCAGCGGAAAAUCAAAGGCUAAUAUAUGCAGGGAAAAUCCUUACAGACGAAAGUGUUCUUAGUGAAUACAACAUUGAUGAGAAGAAAUUUAUUGUUGUUAUGGUAACAAAACCUAAAAGUACACCAGCGCCGUAUGCAGGUCCAAGUGAUCCAACAGCUGCACCUCAGCAAUCUGAAGAAGAGAAGCAACAAGAGGAAAGCACAAAGGUCACAGAGAGUUCUGAGUCUACAGUGUCAUCCGUUGCAAAUCCUCCAUCCGCACAGCCGACUGCUGCGAAUAUUGUGGAUGCAGAGUCAACUCUUCUCAUGGGGGAAGAGUACAACAAAAUAGUGCAGAAUAUCAUGGAUAUGGGGUAUGACAGAGACCAGGUGGAGCAGGCAUUACGAGCAAGUUUUAACAAUCCAGACCGAGCUGUGGAGUACCUCCUCACAGGUAUCCCAGCGCAGUUGUUUGAUGACCCACCAGGCUCCGGACCAGAUAAUGAUCCAACAGUUCAAGGAGGUCCUGCACUUCCAGCAUCAGGUGGAGGUUCUGAAGAAGACCCGUUGGCGUUCCUGCGUUCGCAGCCACAAUUCCAGCAGAUGCGACAGGUGAUUCAACAAAAUCCACAGCUACUGAAUGCUGUUCUGCAGCAGAUUGGACAGACCAACCCUGCCCUUCUACAGCUCAUAUCACAGAACCAGGAGGCCUUCGUACGCAUGCUGAAUGAACCUGCUGCUCCAGGUGGUGGCACCCCUUCAGCUGGUGGAACCCCUGCAAGUCCUGUUGCAGUUGGACAUGGUGGAGCAGGAGAUGCAGGAUCAGGUGCUGGUAGCAUGUUUGCUCCUGGAGUAAUCCAGGUAACUCCCCAGGACAAGGAAGCCAUCGAGAGGCUCAAGGCAUUGGGGUUUCCUGAACACCUUGUGAUUCAAGCAUACUUUGCCUGUGAAAAGAAUGAGAACAUGGCAGCCAACUUUUUACUAUCCCAGAAUCUUGAUGACUGAAAGGAAGCUUUGAUUUCAUUUGUAACACAAAACACACACAGUCACUUGCUCGCAAAGAACAUAAAAGUGAGAAGUGAACUGCUGAAGGGACUACAUAAAUACAGAUUCCUCCCUAUCCACAGUGAAUGAAGAAAUCUUUAAGGCAGUUAGACUGUCUGGGUUUACUCAAUUAUUAAUAUUGUGCAGUGCACUCUGUGCAUUGGUCAUAGACUACAUUAAAGUCCAAACUUGAGUACCACGUUAACCUAAGACUUUAUGAGAUCAUGCGUAUUAACACAUACUUUAUUUAUGAUUUCACAUGAGAAUUGUGAAUCUGCUCCCAUUUUUUUUUUUUUGGUUGUCAGACUGAAAAUGAAAUAACAGUAAGGCAGAAGUUGGAACACUGGAUUGUUCUGAUGUGUGGAAUUAAUUUCCUGUCAUUAGAGAGUAAAGUAAAUGCAAAGAAUAUUUGUUACUAAUUAUAGUAUGAUGUGAGCACAGAGUUCAUGAUGGUGUCUUUCCUUUUAAAUUGGAAUACCAAGUCACUAUUUCAAUAUACAGUGAACUGUUCAGUUUGUAAAUCUUUCCUAUGUAAAUAGCUCACAGUAAUACAUUUUUACCCACAACCAACCAUUUGUCUGAAUAUUUUAUCAUUGUGUAGCAUGAAAGCAGGAGGGAGGGGAACAUUGGAAAUAUAAAAUAUCAGAAAUUUAAACCACUGCAGCUUGUUACAACUAACAUUUUUCUUAGUUGAAAAAGGACUUAAAAAUAAAGAAUUUCUGAGUUGACUGAUUUUAUGCACUGA